CCCACAGUGAGACGGAUCUGUCAUGUGACCUGUGACGUUUCCUCCGGGGCUCAGCUAAAAGAGACUUUGAGGGAGGGAGGCUGCUGCUCACCAGGGAUCCACGGCGGCUUCAAGGAAGUCCAAGAAUUAGCCCGCAACUUACCCACUGACUUCUUCUCCUCUCCGGCGCAUCGAGUCGAGAUGUCCGGCGAACACACGGACGAACCGGAGGCUAUGAAUGUAUACUCGGUGACCCUCAGCGGUCCAGCGCCUUGGGGCUUCAGGCUGCAGGGCGGCAAGGACUUCAGCAUGCCCCUCACCGUGUCAAGGCUGACCCCGGGCGGGAAGGCUGCUCAUGCUGGUGUCGGUGUCGGAGACUGGGUGGUGUCCAUUGGUGAGACCAACGCAGAGGACAUGACCCAUGUGGAGGCGCAAAACCAGAUUAGAGCAGCGACAGACUCCCUCACCCUAACUCUCAGCAAAGCUUACAAAGCGGGUGGAGACCAGAAGGACUCGCUUGCUCCGGCUUCUGUUCAGCCAAAGUACUCCUUUGCCCCCAGCACAACCAUUAACAAGAUGGCGAGGCCAUUUACAGCAGGUGGUGUUAGUGCCAACUCAGGACCUUCUAUUAAACCUGUUGCCUACUCGCCCAAACUUAACACGCCUUGCUCGCAGGGCCGUGCCAGUGUGCAGCAGCCACAGAAUGGCCUUGAGCCAACUCCUUCACCUGCCAAGGCCCAGGCAGCAGAUAAACCAGAUGGCUCGAAGACCACAGCUGCAGUGGCAGGCAGUUCGGGUCCCUCUUGUCGACCACCCUGGGUCACCGACAGUAAUUUCGCAGACCGCUUCCGCCCAGACAAGACCAGCACCGUCGUAACCCAGCACCAGCAGCCGGCCCAGCCGACACCCAUGCAGAGCCGCAGCUCCAUCCUGCAGGCGGCGCAGCAGGGACCUGAGGACAGCGGGAGGACCCCGUUGUGUGGGGCCUGCAACAAAAUCAUCAGGGGGCGGUACCUGGUGGCGCUGGGACGUUCUUGGCACCCCGAGGAAUUCACGUGUUCGCAGUGUAAGGCGGUCCUGGAUGAGGGGGGCUUCUUUGAGGAGAGAGGGUCCGUCUACUGCACCAAGUGCCAUGAUAAUCGAUAUGCUCCCAACUGUGCCAAGUGCAAAAAGAAGAUCACGGGGGAAAUCAUGCAUGCCCUGAAGAUGACCUACCAUGUUCAGUGUUUCAAGUGUGCAGCCUGCAAGACUCCUAUCAGGAACCAAGCUUUUUACAUGGAGGAGGGCGAACCCUACUGUGAGAGAGACUAUGAGAAGAUGUUUGGCACCAAAUGCCACGGCUGUGACUUUAAGAUUGAUGCCGGGGAUCGCUUUCUGGAGGCCUUGGGCUACAGCUGGCACGAUACGUGCUUCGUCUGUGCUCUCUGCCAAAUCAACCUGGAGGGGAAGACGUUCUACUCGAAGAAGGAUAAGCCCCUGUGCAAAGGCCAUGCUUUCGCUCCAGUGUGAGAGAUCAAGCUUCAUCUUCAGAGGAUGGAACAUUUCUCUCUCUCUCUCCUCUUGCCUCUUUACCCCAGCCUCUGGCUCGCUCACUCUCACUCUACAUCUCCUCUUCGCCAGCACCACACCUUGUUAAAGUUGAGUCUAUUUCUCUAUCCUGCAGACUUUGUUUCUACAUUUGAGCUCCACGUACUGUUACAUUCACGAGACACUUCAAAUGUCCCUGCCUGUAAUGCCAAAUGCCGAGUAGUGCAACUAGUCAAUGGAUUAGUUUAUAUCAUGUCACUAACCUGUUGACAUUAAAGUCAGUUUAUAAAGUGGAACAUGGGAAAGUGCAGCUGCAGAUCAUAGAGUUUCUCAACGCGUCUAAUUUUGUCCUUGUUCUGAAGUAAGAUCAAGUCGGUGUCUUCCGAGUUGGAGGAGUCAUUCACGUCUAAUGAUUUCACAUAUCGCAGUAAUGACCCAUCACUGCUAAGUGUGGAGAAGUGGUGGCCCCGUUCAGGACCCUGGCCCACUCACUGACUCUCACCACUGUGCCUAUUAUCAUAAUGGGGGUCCAGCGGAGCAGAACAGAGGGGGUGUCCCAUUUCUGCUCGACCGGACCUCUUCACAAUAGCACUAACUGCUGAACUUAUCACUUAAGCUCUGGCUAAUCAGAGCACGUACUGCAGGUUAUAGAUUUAAUUUGAGUCGUAUAAUAAUCCUUAAUUGAUCUGUGUGGGCGAUGGAGGGGGGAGGGCUGAUAUUGUAUUUUAACUUUUCACUCUGUUAAGGCAAAGAUACGUCAAAGCUUUGAAAUCUUUUAUAAGACAUUUUAAUAUAAGGAGAAAAAAGAUCUUAAUGUGUUUAUCCAUCAUGUUUCUAUGGUAUUGUUAUUCUUCCUUUGAAUACUUUCAAGCCAUUGUUGAAUAUGUAUUUAUAUUGCUUCAGAAUGGCCCUGUAAGUGUUGUUGUUUUGUAGUUUCAAAUAAAAUUGUUUAGUAUUCCCAUGUGCUGGGGCAGAACA